GUUUAGCUGUUUUAGCAUCGCUGAAGUCUGCAGGCCUUUAUUUGCGAUUUCAUUUCCAUACAAUCACAUAAGACAUUGUAAAAUCACGCAAAACCAACUGAAGAAUCAUUCCUAUACUGUUCAUAUAGUCAGUAUUUACGAGUUCUUCAUAUAAAAUAACGAACCAAAGUGCCUACCGUUUAGCUAUCCUGUUAUUUUUUGUAAAUAAUUAGCGCUUUCUUUUGUUUUCGUGUGUGCAUUGUGAUUCCCGCGGGUUCUGCGAUGGUCGGAGCUGUUUUCUAGCACAGUCCGAGUUUCAAAAGUAUUUUGCAUGAGGUCACGUUGGGUGCGCGGAGCCCGCAUGGAAGCCGGGCGAGCUGGUGACCCCGCGCAGAGUUGCCGCGCCCCGGCAUGGACGCGCCCGUGUCGCCGCCGCCGCACCGUGGGCCGCUGCAAGCGCACGCCGGCGAAACGCCGCCCCAACCCGGUCUAGACCCGCGGCCCGCGCCGCGCGCGCUCGCCCCCAUCCCGGAGAGCGAACCGCUGCUCCGCGAUGACAGUGUCCCGAGGAAACCGAACGGGAGGACGCUCCACGUGCAGUUCGACGCGCAGUCGCCGCCGGCGCCCGUGUCCGUCAGCGGCUCCAGCUCGUCCAGCUCCUCGGACGACGAGGAGCUCUCGUUGGCCGAGGCCCGCCCGCCCGACGGCGGCUGGGGCUGGGUUGUCGUUUUCGCAUCGUUCAUGGUUAACUUAAUCGCCGACGGCAUCACGUUCAGCUUCGGCGUAUUCUUCCCGUAUUUCUUGGAGUAUUUCGGCGAAGGGAAAGGAAAGACGGCAUGGAUAGCCGGCAUUUUCAUGGCGAUGCCGCUCCUGUCGGGGCCGAUCGCCAGCUUCCUGACGGACCGGUACGGCUGUCGGCUCAUGACUAUUUUCGGCUCGAUAUUAGCGGCCAUCGGAUUCGUGAUAUCGGCGUUUGUAGAAAAUAUGGAGACGCUGUUCCUCACGUUUGGGAUCAUGGCCGGAUUUGGACUAAGCUUAUGCUACGUGGCGGCGGUAGUGAUUGUCGCCUACUAUUUUGAGAAGAAGCGAUCGCUCGCGACCGGUAUCUCGGUUUGUGGGAGCGGGAUCGGUACUUUCUUGUUCGCGCCGCUCACCAACGUGUUGCUGGAUGAGUAUGGCUGGCGAGGGACGACGCUGAUCCUAGCCGGAUUUUUCCUAAACAUGGCCGUUUGUGGGCUAUUAUUUAGAGAUCUUCCAUGGACAACUACGAUGAACGCGGAAAAAGCGAAAGAAAGGAAGCGAAAACGAGAAAGAAAGCGGAACAAACGUUUUGGGUCUUCAGCAGACAGUUUUUCGGACAGCAAAAGCAGUGCUGCCGGUUCCGCUAAGAUAGCUGAAACAGUAGAUGUCGAAGCUGUGGCGUCCCCUAUCGUCCCACAGUUCAGUUCCUUAGUAGACUUGCCAACAUUCAUGACUGGAGGAGAGAGUGUUUCUUUAGAAGUGUUCGAAUUAAUGUCCAACAAAGGUCGCGCUUAUGCAAUUCUUGCCCAGAACUAUCCGGGAGUGAUGCUUCCUUCGAGAAGCUUCAGCGACAGUGGGCGUUUACAUGAACAAUCUCCACCGAGAGCUUUAAUGUCUCCUGACACUUUAUCCCCUGGUGCUUUGUCACCCACAUCAGCGCCCAGGACUCAAGAAAACCGAUCAUUAAGCGACAAGGCAGCUCUGUCUCUCUGGUUGAAGAGACAGGCCGCUACGGGGACAACAGGAGUUGUGAAGAAGCCGCCAGCGUUCUUGAAGGACUUGAGGGUGCACCGGCACUCGCUGACGUACAGAGGCGCCAUGUUGAACAUCAACAGGUAUAGGCUCCGAGCGUCGUCGUGCCCCAAUAUCUUCAGGAAUUCUAUGACUACCAUUGCUAAAGAAAAGCUUCAAUGGUACGCCGGCCUCUGGGACUUCUGGGACCUCGCCGUCGACGUUCUCGACUUCUCCCACUUCAAGAACCCCGCGUUCCUCGUGUUCGCCGUCUCUAACUUCCUCCUCUACAUGUGGUACGACGUGCCCUACGUAUACAUCGCUGACAGCGGCAUGAGCAUGGGCUUCGACAAGAACGAGGCGUCCAUGCUGAUCUCUAUUAUUGGGAUCUUGAACAUGUUUGGAGAGAUACUCCUGGGCUGGGUUGGCGACUGGGAGUGCGUGAACCCGAGCCUCGUGUACGCGGCCUGCAUGCUGCUGUGCGGUGUCGUCACCUUCCUCAUGCCGCUGCUGCACACCUACUUCGGACUAGCGUCAGCAUCAGGGCUUUUCGGGGCGUUCAUCGCGGCCAACUACUCCCUGACGUCCAUCAUCUUGGUGGAGCAGAUCACCCUGGAGAAGUUCACCAACGCGUACGGCCUGCUGCUGCUGAUGCAGGGCGUCGCUAACCUCAUCGGACCGCCUUUAGCAGGCUGGGUGUUUGACAUAACCAACUCCUAUGACCUGUCCUUCUACAUGGCCGGAAUAUUCAUCGGCAUAUCCGGCAUCGUUCUACUCAUCCUACCCGUGUACAACCGAGCUCGCAAGUAUAACGAGAUGCGGAAACCUACAGAACAAGACAAACAACCCCCCGAGGAGCCUAAAGUUAAUGGGGUUAUUAAGCAUAAUGGGAAAUUGGGCGUCUAA